CCCACUCUUCCAGCCACCCUUUGCGCCGCGGACACGGGAGAGUUAAGCCAAUAAACACGUAAGCGCCGCUCCCUCUCCAAUCGUCAAGAUGCCUCUUCUCCAGCUCUGGGCUGCACCGACAGCUUGCCACACUCGGCAUCUUUUCUGGAGGCGCCUCCUUCAGCGGCUGCAGAUGGUCUCCGGCGGAGGGCUCGGAGCUUGCCAUUGAUUUCUCCAUCCCUGGGCCAUCUGGGGAGGGGGUCUCGGACGCACCCCUUUCUCUCCCCAUCCUGGUGGUUCCUGGGGUCUGCAUCCUGCUCCCCAUCAGUUGCUCAGCUGCAACUGCACCAGCACCAGCAGAAGCAGCAGCAGCAGCAGCAGCGGCCACAACAGCCAAGCUCGCUCCCAGCUUGCUAUCCAGCCCGAAGCGCCCAUCCCGGAGAGAGAGAGACCCCCUAGCUGCCUCCAGCGUACCCCCCAACCUUUUGUGCCCCAAAUCGGGGGCUCCUAGGAACCCCCCUAUCCCGGCGCCACCAUGCUGGACCCUUCGUCCAGCGAAGAGGAAUCGGAUGAGAUCCAGGAGGAGGAGAGCGGCAAGGAGGUGCUGGGCUCGGCCGGGUCCGGGGCGCGCCUGUCUCCCAGCCGAACCAGCGAGGGUUCGGGCGGCGGCGCCGGGCUGGGGGGCGGCGGAGGGGCCGGGGCCGGGCUGGGCGCUGGUGGCGGCGCCGGGGGCAGCGGCGGGAGCAGCGGCAGCGGCGGUGGGGCCGGGGGACUGCAACCCAGCAGCCGUGCCGGAGGUGGCCGGCCUUCCAGCCCCAGCCCGUCCGUGGUGAGCGAGAAGGAGAAGGAGGAGUUGGAGCGGCUGCAGAAGGAGGAAGAGGAGAGGAAGAAGAAGCUGCAGCUCUAUGUGUUCGUGAUGCGCUGCAUCGCCUACCCCUUCAAUGCCAAACAGCCCACCGACAUGGCUCGCCGGCAGCAGAAGAUCAGUAAACAGCAACUUCAGACUGUCAAGGACCGGUUUCAGGCUUUCCUCAACGGAGAAACCCAGAUUGUGGCUGACGAAGCCUUCAUGAAUGCAGUGCAGAGCUAUUAUGAGGUAUUCCUGAAGAGUGACCGAGUGGCCCGCAUGGUACAGAGUGGGGGCUGUUCGGCCAAUGACUCUCGAGAAGUCUUCAAGAAACACAUCGAGAAGCGGGUGCGCAGCUUGCCGGAAAUUGAUGGCCUGAGCAAGGAGACUGUGUUGAGUUCAUGGAUGGCCAAGUUUGAUGCCAUCUAUCGUGGAGAAGAGGAUCCCAGGAAGCAGCAGGCCCGAAUGACGGCCAGUGCAGCAUCAGAGCUGAUUCUGAGCAAAGAACAACUCUAUGAGAUGUUCCAGAACAUUCUGGGAAUCAAGAAAUUUGAGCAUCAGCUUCUUUACAAUGCUUGCCAGCUGGACAAUCCAGAUGAGCAAGCUGCCCAGAUCAGACGAGAACUGGAUGGACGACUCCAGAUGGCAGAUCAAAUAGCCAGGGAACGCAAAUUUCCCAAGUUUGUAUCCAAAGAAAUGGAAAACAUGUACAUCGAAGAGCUGAAGUCAUCAGUCAACUUACUUAUGGCCAAUUUGGAAAGUAUGCCUGUGUCCAAAGGAGGCGAGUUUAAGCUCCAGAAACUCAAACGCAGCCACAACGCUUCUAUCAUCGACAUGGGCGAGGAAAGUGAGAAUCAGCUGUCCAAGUCAGACGUUGUGUUAUCUUUCUCCUUGGAGGUGGUGAUCAUGGAAGUUCAAGGGCUCAAAUCCUUGGCCCCUAAUCGAAUUGUGUAUUGCACAAUGGAGGUAGAAGGAGGAGAAAAACUUCAGACCGAUCAAGCUGAAGCAUCAAAACCAACUUGGGGCACCCAGGGUGAUUUCUCGACAACCCAUGCACUGCCUGCUGUAAAAGUCAAGCUGUUCACAGAGAGCACAGGUGUCUUGGCUUUAGAGGACAAAGAACUUGGAAGGGUUAUUCUCCAUCCCACCCCAAACAGUCCCAAACAGUCAGAAUGGCACAAAAUGGCUGUCUCCAAGAAUUGCCCAGAUCAAGACCUCAAAAUCAAACUUGCAGUCAGGAUGGAUAAGCCUCAGAACAUGAAGCAUUCUGGGUAUCUAUGGGCCAUCGGUAAGAAUGUCUGGAAGAGAUGGAAGAAAAGGUUUUUUGUAUUGGUGCAGGUCAGUCAGUACACUUUUGCUAUGUGCAGUUAUCGGGAGAAAAAGGCGGAGCCUCAGGAACUUCUUCAACUGGAUGGAUACACUGUGGAUUACACUGACCCCCAGCCAGGUUUGGAAGGCGGUCGAGCAUUCUUCAAUGCAGUCAAAGAAGGAGACACAGUAAUAUUUGCAAGCGAUGAUGAGCAAGAUCGCAUUUUGUGGGUCCAAGCCAUGUAUCGGGCCACAGGACAGUCACACAAGCCUGUGCCCCCAACCCAAGUACAGAAACUCAAUGCCAAGGGAGGGAAUGUCCCUCAGCUGGAUGCCCCCAUCUCCCAAUUUUACGCAGAUAGAGCUCAAAAACAUGGCAUGGAUGAAUUUAUCUCUUCCAACCCCUGUAACUUUGACCACGCUUCCCUCUUUGAGAUGGUGCAACGCCUUACUUUGGAUCACAGACUUAAUGAUUCCUAUUCUUGCCUGGGCUGGUUCAGUCCUGGUCAGGUGUUUGUACUUGAUGAGUAUUGUGCCCGUAAUGGAGUCCGAGGGUGUCACCGACAUCUCUGCUACCUCAGAGACUUGCUUGAACGAGCAGAAAAUGGCGCCAUGAUUGAUCCCACCCUCCUUCACUACAGCUUUGCCUUUUGUGCAUCCCAUGUCCACGGGAACAGGCCUGAUGGAAUUGGAACUGUGACUGUGGAAGAAAAGGAACGUUUUGAAGAAAUCAAAGAGAGACUCCGAGUUUUGCUGGAAAAUCAGAUUACACAUUUUAGGUAUUGCUUCCCAUUUGGUCGACCUGAAGGUGCUUUGAAAGCUACUCUCUCACUCUUGGAAAGGGUUCUAAUGAAAGAUAUUGUGACCCCUGUGCCACAAGAGGAGGUAAAAACUGUCAUCCGUAAAUGUCUAGAACAGGCUGCUUUAGUCAACUAUUCUCGGCUUUCAGAGUAUGCCAAAAUUGAAGAGAAUCAAAAGGAUGCAGAAAAUGUAGGCCGGUUACUCACUCCUGCCAAAAAGCUUGAAGAUACAAUACGUCUUGCUGAACUAGUCAUUGAGGUUCUCCAACAAAAUGAGGAACACCAUGCAGAGCCACAUGUUGAUAAAGGAGAAGCUUUUGCAUGGUGGUCAGACUUGAUGGUGGAGCAUGCUGAGACCUUCCUAUCACUCUUUGCUGUGGACAUGGAUGCAGCGUUAGAAGUGCAACCCCCAGAUUCAUGGGACAGCUUUCCACUGUUUCAACUGCUGAAUGAUUUUCUUCGUACAGAUUAUAAUUUGUGCAAUGGAAAAUUUCACAAACACCUGCAAGACCUGUUUGCCCCACUUGUGGUUAGAUAUGUGGAUUUAAUGGAGUCUUCAAUUGCACAAUCCAUUCACAGGGGCUUUGAGCGGGAGUCAUGGGAACCAGUCAAUAAUGGAUCAGGCACUUCAGAAGAUCUGUUCUGGAAACUUGACGCACUUCAGACCUUUAUUCGGGACUUACACUGGCCCGAAGAAGAGUUUGGAAAGCACUUAGAACAAAGGCUAAAGCUGAUGGCAAGUGACAUGAUUGAGUCUUGUGUCAAAAGAACCAGGAUUGCAUUUGAAGUUAAGCUGCAAAAAACCAGUCGAUCAACAGAUUUUCGAGUCCCACAGUCAAUAUGCACCAUGUUUAAUGUUAUGGUUGAUGCCAAAGCUCAAUCAACAAAACUUUGCAGCAUGGAAAUGGGCCAAGAGCAUCAAUACCAUUCAAAAAUAGAUGAGCUAAUUGAAGAAACUGUUAAAGAAAUGAUAACACUCCUGGUGGCAAAGUUUGUUACUAUCUUGGAAGGAGUGCUGGCAAAAUUAUCCAGAUAUGAUGAAGGAACCUUGUUUUCUUCUUUUUUGUCGUUUACGGUGAAGGCAGCUUCCAAAUAUGUGGAUGUACCUAAACCCGGGAUGGAUGUGGCCGACGCCUACGUGACUUUCGUUCGCCACUCUCAGGAUGUCCUUCGUGAUAAGGUCAAUGAGGAGAUGUAUAUAGAAAGGUUAUUUGAUCAAUGGUACAACAGCUCCAUGAACGUGAUCUGCACCUGGUUGACGGACCGAAUGGACUUACAGCUUCACAUUUAUCAGUUGAAAACACUAAUUAGGAUGGUAAAGAAAACCUAUAGAGAUUUUCGAUUGCAAGGAGUCCUGGAUUCUACCUUAAACAGCAAGACCUAUGAAACCAUCCGGAAUCGUCUGACUGUAGAGGAAGCCACCGCAUCAGUGAGUGAGGGAGGUGGCCUACAGGGGAUCAGCAUGAAGGACAGCGACGAGGAAGAUGAAGAAGAUGAUUAGAAUGAGUAGGCCUAGCGUCUACUAGGACGGAGUCCUGUAAUCAAUGCAUGUCCUUAGUCUGUUAGUUAACCCCGUUAGGGAAUUUCUGUCAAAUACCAUGCCCAUGAAGUGUUUACCAAAACAAUUGCCAUUUUAGCUCUGUGAUACCAAGAUGAAUAGCAAAUGUCCUUUGAAUCCACAAUUUCCAGUUUCCAUGUCUAUCUGUUUACAAGCAAUAUGGAGCACCCUUCCUUAAAUACUGUUCCUGGAGAAUAUAGUCUAAUUCCUAGGUGUGUCCCUGUUAUCAGCAAAUUAAAUGAUGCUUCAUUAAUGUACUGUGUAUGCACUGAUGGUAAAUGGAUGUGAGGGCAAGUUCAAGUAUUUUUCCUUUGUUGUUUCACAAAUGUGGAUGCCAGUUAUAUAAACAAGUACUAUAAAUCAUGACACAUAAAAGAACUUUGGUUUUAAAAAAUGAAAGGUAAGGCUCCAAAAACCAACAUUGGUUCUUUAUGUUCCCUUAUAAUGAUUUAUUGAAUCCCUAGUAUUCUUGUUGACCCAAUCCUUCACUUAUCCCAUCUAGUUAGCCUAAAAGAAUGGCUACUGAUCAAUGGAUUGAUCCUAUUCAUUGCCACAGCAAGGGCGAUCCUGUCACGAGUUAACAUCAAACACAGUUCAGAGUAACUGUCUUCUAUCACAGAUUAUCCUAUUAAAUGUUACAUUUUGCUUUUACGUUUCAAUAACUGUGUAUGUAAAAAAAAAAAAACCCCUGAAUAUUUAAAUCGCAAUCUUAGACUACAAUUGUGUUUAUAAGAUAUGGGUAUUUCUUUCCAUAGAUUGUAACCAUAAUUUAAAUUAUUUUGUUCCAUACUGUUUUUUAUAUUUGCCCAUGUACAUUGCAUUUUGAUCUGUAACUGCAUGACCAUGGGGUCCUCUGCAGAGCUGUCUCUUUCUGUGUAAACGAGUGGAUCCAUCUUGCUUUCGCCUUAUAUAAAGCCUACAGUUAAGAAAGUGUGGCACACUGUGGCUUCUCAAUAAAUAACUAUUCCAAUAUCCUAGGAA